AUGUUCAGUAGAAUUUGUAGCGCUCAAUUAAAGAGGACGGCAUGGACUCUUCCCAGACAGGCUCACUUGCAAUCGCAGGCAAUGAAAACGUUUGCCACAGCACCUAUCCUGUGCAAACAGUUUAAACAGAGUGAUCAACCAAGACUGAGAAUAAACUCUGAUGCUCCUAACUUCGAUGCUGACACCACAGUUGGUAAAAUCAACUUUUACGACUACUUGGGUGACUCUUGGGGGGUCUUGUUCUCUCACCCAGCGGAUUUCACCCCCGUCUGUACCACUGAAGUCAGCGCAUUUGCCAAGUUGAAACCAGAAUUCGACAAGAGAAACGUCAAAUUGAUCGGUCUUUCAGUAGAAGACGUGGAAUCCCACGAAAAAUGGAUUCAAGACAUCAAGGAAAUAGCAAAGGUGAAAAAUGUUGGCUUUCCAAUUAUCGGCGAUACUUUUAGGAACGUGGCGUUCUUAUAUGAUAUGGUAGAUGCCGAAGGGUUCAAAAAUAUUAACGAUGGUUCGUUAAAGACCGUUAGAUCUGUUUUCGUCAUCGAUCCCAAGAAGAAGAUUAGACUAAUUUUUACCUACCCUUCCACUGUUGGGAGAAACACUUCUGAAGUGUUAAGGGUAAUUGACGCCUUGCAAUUGACAGACAAGGAGGGCGUGGUCACUCCAAUCAACUGGCAACCCGCUGACGAUGUCAUUAUCCCCCCUUCCGUCUCCAAUGAUGAGGCCAAGGCUAAAUUUGGUGAGUUCAAUGAAAUUAAACCUUAUUUGAGAUUCACCAAGUCGAAAUAA